AUGGCUUCUGUGGCACCACCUCAGAGCAUUGCGGUGCUGGAUGUCAGAGCACCUGCGACUACCAGCCCCCAGCGACGCAGUGCAGCAAGACGAAGCUCUGCGAGAUCGGCUGCUGCUCCUCCGCCGGGUUCUGUGGUGAAAGCCCCGAGCACUGCGGCACGGGGUGCCAGAGCACCUGCGAUUGGGUGCCCCCCGCAACAGAGUGCGACGCCAACAAGCCGUGUAAGCAAGGCUGCUGCUCCAAGUUUGGUAAUUGUGGUUAUGGAAAGGAUUGUGAGUCUUAUCAUUAUUGAAAAUGAAUCUCAGGCGACAUCAGCUGAUGUCAAGAUACAAAAAGUCUGCUCUGCGGAAAACUGCGUCAACAACUGUAAAAGCAAAGCAGACUGUGACCCUGGCUCAUAUGGCAAGGAAUAUGUCCUCUUUGACAAAUGUCCUCUGAAUGUCUGCUGCUCUAAACACGGUUUCUGUGGUACUACCGAAGAGUUCUGCGGCAAGAACAAGCCCAAGCGACCCAGUUGCGACAUUGACAAAAGGGGUCUCUCUCGAGUUGUCGGCUAUUACGAGGGCUGGGCCCCUGACAGGCCUUGUCACUCCUUUUACCCAGAACAAAUUCCCAGGGGUGUCUACACGCACCUCAACUUCGCCUUUGCUACAAUCGAUCCAAAUUCCCUGGAGAUUCAACCCGCUUCAAAGUCGGACAUUGAGUUGUACUCACGCCUCAAUACCCUCAAGCUGUCUGACCCUAACCUCCGUACAUUCAUCGCCGUGGGCGGUUGGACGUUCAACGACCCGGGCCCUACGCGGACGACAUUCAGUGAUGUCGCUCGCAGCACGGAAAACAUGGACAAGUUCAUCAACUCAGUCAUCAAGUUCCUUCAGAAGUACGACUUCGACGGCAUUGACCUCGACUGGGAGUACCCCCGUGCUGAUGAUCGAGGUGGCCGCGAAGAGGACUUCAAGAACUUCGUCACGCUAUCCAAACGGUUGAAGUCGGCACUCAAGACCACCUCUCGCCCGGGAUACUCUAUCACGGUGCCAGCAUCCUUCUGGUACCUUCAACACUUUGAUAUUAAGGGUCUAGAGCCUCACGUCGACUUCUUCAACAUCAUGAGCUAUGAUCUCCACGGUACAUGGGAUAUGCCCAACGGGUGGACAGGCCCCUACCUCAACGCUCACACCAAUCUUACUGAGCUGAAGGAUGGAAUGGACCUAUUCUGGCGCAAUGACAUCUCACCAUCCAAGUUGGUCUUUGGUACCGGUUUCUACGGGCGAGCUUUCACCGUGGCCGACCCGGCGUGCAAGACCCCGGGGUGCGAGUACGCGUCUGGAGCUCCCAAGCAGGCUUGCAGCAGAGAGGUCAGCGUCAUCCUCAACAACGAGAUCAUGGACGUGAUGAAGGAGAUGGGCGUCAAGCCUGUUCUCCACCAAGAAGAAGCCGUCAAGUCCUUAACGUGGGGGAACAACUGGGUGGCCUACGACGACGAGGAGACGCUCGCCAUGCGCGCCGAUUUUGUGCGGGAGCAGUGCCUCGGCGGCAUAAUGGUGUGGGCCGUCUCCCACGAUACUCCCGACGGCAAGUUCUCCCUGGCCGUCCAGAAGGCCGCCAACCGUCCCGUGGCUAUUGGCUCGUCGACAGACGGGUACGACGAGAAGACCACGGUCCAUGAUCAGUGUAAGUGGUCUAAUUGCAUGGAAGGGUGUCCCAACGGCUGGCACAGCGUCCGUCGUGGCGACGGCGGUGCCCGCAGUGGCGAGGUCAUGGGCAACAACCAAGGAUGUGAAGGGUACGGCACCCGAUGGCUCUGCUGUCCACCCGGCGCAUCUGGCUGGGACGGCCCCUCGUGCGGCUGGUGGGGGCACAACAACGGGAAAUGUAAUCACAGAGACACCGACAGCGCACCGAUCUUUGAGAUUGGCUCCAAUAGUCAACACUGCAAGAAGAAGAAUUCGUACCAGAUCGCCGGCUGCACGUGGUCGUCUGAGGCGGUCAAGGCGCACGUGGCGUGUCCCUGGUCCUGGGAUUUCCCGAACUGCGACGGCGACGAGGGCAAGUGCCCUAGCGGGAGCACCGAACUAUUCAGCUCGUCGUCGGGCAGUCAGGGGGCCUUUUGCAACGGGGAUUCGAGACGCAAGUAUUGCUGCAGGGACAGUCAGAAAGAGCUCCACUGGGAGAACUGCGAGUGGUCCGAGAACUCGGGCAUCAUACCGAGCAACUUGAAAUCCGGAACAUGUAUCGGCGGAUGCCCAUCGGGCAAAACGGCACUGGCCCUCGACCACAAGGGGGGUUCGUGCAGCAAGGGAGCUCGAGCGCGAUGCUGCGACGUGGGGUACAAGACCCUCGAAAAGAAGUACAAUGACCUGGACGAGGAGUUUGACUACUACCUCAACUAUUUCAUCCAGGAGGGGGCAGAGUGUGUCGCCACCAGCGGCGACAGCGGGUCAAUGUGGAGGGCCCAGGAGUACCUGGAGCAGAAGGUCAAGGAGAUUGUCUACGGCACGGCUGACAAGUCCACGACCGACGUGUGGAAGUCUCGCAUUGGACUCAAGUAUGAUCACCUCGGCAUUGGCGAUAUCCGCGCCUUCGCUCUGUCGAAUUCGGCUGCCUAUCGCCUCGGCUCCGCCAGGUUUCCCAAAAGGCUCAUCUGCGGCCUGACGACUUUCGAUAACCUCAUUGGCGGGCACGACAGCCUCAAGUGCGCGUGCGAUGGCGCGCAUUGCUGCAUCGGCAAGCUAUGCGAGCGGGACUCGAAGAUACGGCGCCACGACAGUGAGGUAGCCGAAGAGGUCGAGCAUUUCACCAGGCAUACCCGUGGAAUGGGGCGUCGACAAGAGAUCACCGACUCUUUCAAUGAAACGGAUCUGGCCGAACUCGAAGAUGACCCUAUCUUCACGACUUUCGCGGGAAAGCGGUCUUUCAAUAUCAACGAGGUCGAUGAAAACGGCUUGCUUAUAGCAUUGACCAUUUGCAAGUACCACGCUUCCCCAUCACCCAUCGCGAUUGAGUGGCUAACACUCGUGACACAGUACUAUAGCAUUGGUAGCGUUCCCAUCAGCAGCGACCUCUGGCAGAGAUCAUUUGGCUACAGCUCACAAGGCUGCUGGGAUUACGAUAUCGAACAACUGACCGGAAUCAACCGGAACAACCGCCCCAACCUCGUGGUGGAACACAUAAUCGAGCUGCAGACCAUCGCACAGUUUGUCAGGUCAACCAUCACGGGCGUGUUGCGCAGCGGCGACCACUUCGAAGACAGGGUGGACGGCCGGACUUGGUCCGACGUUGCCAACAAUGACUACCCAAUGGGCGUUCCCCCGCUCAACGGCCAAAGGCAGGGCUUCCAGCGAUUGUUCUCCAUCCUUGGAACCAGAACGCAUACGGCCCCAUUCGUCCUGGCCCCGUCCGACCUGAACUCCGCCAAGCUGAACAUGUGGCAGAAUAACGAGCCGGUAUCAGAGAGCGAUUUGAACGGAUACCUAGCUACGGGCACCGGGGCGUCCUUCCAGUCUUUCAUAAACAUGGUCCGGAUCCCGGUCGUGGUCCUACAGUAUCUGACAGAUGGGACCGUCCGGACCCAGGCCCGUGCCGUGUACCGCGCCCUGCGGGACGAGAUGAGGGUCCUUUUAGAGCAGACUGUCCAGGCGGGUUACCGCAAUCCCAGUCUCCACCACAUGUUAGACCGCUAG